AGCAUGGGCACUGCGGAAACUCUUUUUUUUCUUCAAACCACAGUUCAUCGUCGAGGAGCGUUCGCGUUUCGCAUCGGACGAUGCAUUCUAGAUGGCCUGGACGGACACCAAUGGCCAGCGUGUCGGAUACACGAAGCUCUGCGACACUCUGCAGCGUCAACGCAUGGCUCGUGACACACGAGAUGCUGCCGCUGCACGCUCGUUCUUCGAUGGCAACCUCGACCACCCUGAUGCACAAGGAAUAUUCAGGUAUGCAAAGUCUGGUGUUUCGAAGCUGAUGAGCAAGGAUGUCGAUGUCGCUCGCAAGUGGAGGGAGUUGCUUACUGUCAACGUUGCACUCGCUCAGCGCUGGGAGGGUUCACGAGAUCCGAGUCUGCCACAGCGGCACCCAUCAUCACUGCCAGCAUGAUUACUAGUA